AUGUCCGCCGCCCUCCUCCGCCUCCUCCUCCUCGCCGGACUACUGACAACCGUCGCCGUCGCUCAAAACACCACCGCAGCAGCUCCCUGCCCGCUCGACUUCACCGUCCUCCGCCGCCUCUACGACCCCACGAACCCCCCAGCGAUCGACAGCUCCCAGACCUGCCAGUACAUCCGCCAGGGCCUCCGCCUCGUCCAGUCCGACUACCUCCGCCGGACCUCCCGAUUCCUCCCUCCUCUCAGCUCCGCCGACUCCUGCUGGCGAUCCUACCAGCAGCUCAUCAACGAUUCCCUCCCCAACUUCGACAUCCGCCGCUCCUGCGGCUUCCAGAGCAGCUGGAUCUCGCAGGGAUGCAUGAAUAUCACCACCAGGCAAGAAUUCGAAACCCUAGCUUCCAAUUCCUCUUUAUCCGACGUCGUUUCCAACUGCAACCAGCCCUUGGAGAACAAUUCCCCCUGCGCCGCUUGUACCGCCAGCUUGUCCAGGCUCCAGGCCUUGCACUUGACCGGACCUCCCGUCGGCAAUGUCUCCGAUUGCCAGGCCUACCCGUCGAUUUACGCCGCAGCUGUCGUCAAUGGCCCUGGUCCCGCCGAUAAGGGCACCGCCAAGUGCUUGUUCUUGCUCGAUUUCACCUCCAAGAAACCUAGUUCCAAUUCGAAAAAGAAGAAGAAGAAGAAGAGGAAAGUAGUGCUUGUGAUUGUCUGCGUCGGGGUAAUUCUCGGCGGGUUGUCAAUUCUAAUCGGCGGGUUGUACUGCUGGUUCUACAGCAAUAGGUAUGGCAAACUGAAGAGGAAAAGAAGGAGAAGUGAGAGAUCGGGGAUGGAGAAUGUGAGCUCGACUCGGUUAGACAACAUUAGCCAGAGCACUACCGUGGUCAAGUUCAAAUUCGACGAGAUCAAGAAAGCGACGAGGAGCUUCUCCAGAGAUAGCAUCAUAGGGAAAGGAGGCUAUGGAAAUGUGUACAAAGGCAGGCUGUUCGAUGACUCGGAGGUCGCGGUGAAACGGUUCAAGAACUGCUCGGCUGCUGGGGAUGCAAGCUUUGCACACGAGGUCGAGGUGAUCGCCAGCGUUCGACACGUGAAUCUAGUAGCUCUAAGGGGCUACUGCAUCGCCACUACUUCAAUGGAAGGUCACCAGAGGAUAAUCGUGUGCGAGUUGAUGAAGAACGGAAGCCUCCACGACCACUUGUUCGCUGCUGCCAACAAUUCUUCAUCCGGGAAGCUCAGCUGGCCGGUCCGCCAGAAGAUUGCAUUGGGGACGGCGAGAGGUCUGGCUUAUUUACACUACGGUGCGCAGCCAGGGAUCAUCCACCGUGACAUCAAGGCCAGCAACAUUCUCCUAGACGAGAAGUUCGAGCCCAAAGUCGCUGACUUUGGUCUCGCGAAGUUCAACCCAGAGGGGAUGACGCAUCUGAGCACCAGAGUGGCAGGGACGAUGGGGUACGUGGCCCCGGAGUAUGCUCUCUAUGGGCAGCUGACAGAGAGAAGCGAUGUGUAUAGCUAUGGAGUCGUGCUGCUGGAGCUUCUGAGCGGGAAGAAGGCAUUGCUGAGUAGUAACAAGAGCGACGAUGACAGAGACGAAGAACUGCAGCAGCCUUGUCUUCUGACGGACUGGGCGUGGUCGUUGGUGAAGGAAGGGAGAGGGCUUGGUGUGGUGGAAGAUGGGAUGCCGGAGCUAGGUGACGCUGAUGUAAUGGAGAGGUAUGUUCUGGUUGCGGUGCUUUGUUCUCACCCGCAGCUGUAUGCUAGGCCGACGAUGGACCAGGUGGUGAAGAUGUUGGAGACGGAUUUGGUGGUUCCUUCUAUCCCCGAUCGUGGGUUACCUUUGGUGGCUGGGAUGGACGAUAUCGAGAUGUCGGUGAGUAGUUGUGGAUCGGGGCAGCUGUUCAGUGCUUCUGGGUAUGGCUCAUUUGGGUAUGGCGGUUCAUCUGGAGUCAAGGAAGAAGGGUUGGAGAGUGGCUCAACUGCUCACAGAACUGGUACUUAG